CGUCCACGUCGCUUGAUUGCGUGAAGUGAGUCAAGUCCUGGAUCAAGUCACCGUAGGGCCUUGUGUUACUUGAUGGGCUGACAUUGGUCUUGGAAUCCAAUCCCCAUACUUUGGUUUCGAUCCACGAAGGUCGAAUAACCUGUGUUCACCAUGGACGAGCACAACUUGGCCAUCGAUAUUCAGCUCAAGAAGCUCUUGGAUUGGCUCAUCAGUCGGAGGAUCUGCAAUCGAGAUUGGCAUCAAGAUAUCGUACCUAUUCGGAGCCAGAUUGGGCAUGCCAUUGGGGAUAUGCCUGAACAUCCCGUGAUCAAGGAGUUGCUCUCGGGCACGAACAUCAACUACUUCCAUUGUCGACAGAUCGUCGAGAUCCUCAAAGAGACCGAGAAGGACAGCAAGACCUUCUUUGGAUCCUAUGGAUCCCAAAGAAUGAAAGAUUGGCAGGCCGUGAUCAGCCUUUACCAAAAUCAACACGUCUAUUUAGCCGAGGCCGCUCAAUUGCUCUCCCAAAGUGUCACCUACGAGAUCCCCGGCCUCAAAAAGCAAGUGGCCAAGGCUGUUCAAGUUCAAGAGGAGUGUGAUAAGAAAGAAAAGGACAAUCUGCGCAAGGCCAAAGACUUUCAGCAUGACUUUGACAAAUCCUGCCAACAACUCGGCAUCCCGGGGCAACAUCUUCGGCAAGAGAUCAUCGCCUUGAUGAAGAGUCUACCCGAAACCUAUCAAACCGUGGCCUCGGAUUGUCGAAAGCUUAAGAAAGCCCGAGAAUUGUACGCCCAUUUCAUGAGAUCCACCAUGGAAAACAACGCCCACAACGACGACCCAAGCCAGGCCAAGGUGGAUUUUGACCUCCAAGUUUUGCCCACGUUGGAUUUUCUGAUUGAGCACGGCAAUGUCACCACCUAUCAAUGGAUCCACGGCGAGGCACCUCUGUCCGUGGAAGCACCCGCAUUAGAUUUCGGCCCUAAUGCUCUGGAGGCGGUGAAUGACGAGGCCAUCGACUUUGGCGACGACAUUGAUUUUGGUGAAGAUAUCAGCGCAGCUCCUGGCGAAGAUGGCCAAGAAAAUGGAGGCGACAUUGACUGGGGAGAUUUGGACGAAAUGGGACCAGAAGAGGGGGAAAUCGAUUGGGGCGAAGUGAGCCAAGCCGUCGACUCCGUCGAGGACAGUGCCGUGAUCGGCAUCACGGUGGAAGAAGGGGGCGUGGCUGGAGGUGUGGCUCGCGAUACUGAGGCCCUGUCAUUAUUGGACAAUCGCCGGACUCGAACCCUCAUCCUGGACGACCUGACCGAGCUGGAAUGUUUCAUUCAACAACGACUCCGCGAGCUCGAGCUCCAAGAUGAAGGUAAAUUCGUGCUGGGGGGGGGAGGCAACAUGACCGAGUCGGAAGAUCCUCAUCUGAUGCGAUCCAUGGUUCACGAAAUCCGGAGUGUGGUGUCUGUGCUUACGGCCGGUCAACUCCAUCACUUGCAGUUGAUUCGGAGUUCACCCAAAUAUGUGGACCGAUUGGUGGAUAGCUUGAAGUCUAAGUUGGAGCUGGUGGAUCGCAUGCACGCCCUGAAUCAAGCUUUGAGCGAUCGCCGUGACCAAGCUAUCCAAGAGCAAGCCGUGUCUCAAAAGAAAUUGGCCGUGUUGAAAGCCAAGGCCAAGGAACUGCAGAGUAAGAUUGAGGCGGACAUUUCAGCCCGAUAUAAGAACCGUCCCGUUAACAUCAUGGGCGGUGCUCAAUCCGUGUAAAAGGAUGAGAACAAUGGAUUGUUAUGUGGUUCUUAUUUUUAUAUUCUCGAUCGCUUGUUUCUCCCCAAUAAAAAGCAAUGAAUGUU